UACGAACCAAAAAAUAUUAGAUGUUUCUAAAUUAGAUGUGAGAGGGGGGCGUACAUUUCAUGCGGCACGAAACAGAAUGACAAAAUGCAAGGAGUCAAAAAAAAACAUUGAAACAACAAACCAAGAAAAUAGAAAGAUUAGAUAAAACAAAUAAAGUGUGGGGGAGCCCAUAUCAUAAUGUUAGGAGGACCAAUACGAAGAGGCCAUAAUAAAUUAUUUGAAAAUAAACGAGACAAUUAAGACACUUACCAAAUCGAAACUGCUCUUUUUGUCAUACCAUUAACUUGGCUUUGAAGCCCCUCUCUUUGCUUCUUCAUCUUCCUUCCUUCAUUCCCUCUCUGUGCCUUUUAGAUCCUCUAAACUCAUUUCCCCCCACUCUCUCCUAACCCAAAUCAUUCUUGCUCUCUGUGCUGGACACGAGUGAGUCUUCAGAUGGGAUCCUGUGUCUCCUCUUCUCACAACACCAUCAAGACCUCCUCUGAUUCCGCCGUAAAGCUUUCGGCCCUAAUCUCUGAACCUGACACGACAUCCCCCGUCAAGAAUGACGUCACCAAUCCGGCCACGAUCAAUGGGAACUCUUUCAUAGAUUCCACUCCUCGGGAUUCCUCAGAGGAGAUCACUUUUUUCGAUUCAAGGGGGUGGCUUGAUUCUGACUGUGAAGAUGAUUUCAUGAGCGUUGAUGGUGAAUUUACGCCGUCGCGAGGAACAACACCGGUGCAUCACAAAUUCUCUGACAAAACUCCUAAAGCAGAUGAGAAAAAACAUGAAGAGCCGUCUCCAACAGACAACAAGAAGAGACUCCUCGAACUCUUCAAAGAGACGCAGGAUCAAGAUGAGGAUGAAGGAGAGGAUGACGUGGCGGAAAGCAAAGCAAGAGCAUGUCUCUGGCUAAGAACACCGGUCAGAUCUUCUGCACCGGCGACUCCUUAUAAUAAUAAUGAUACAGAAAGACAACAACUUAAGAGGGUGAAAUCGUCGGCUCAAGGCAGCUGCGUUCUGCGUUUGGUUUCUUGUAGCAGUUUCACUGAGCGGCGACGGAAGAUGAUGAAUCAUACUCCCGUUCACGUCCAACGCUAAGCACCCCCCCCCCUCCCCUAAAAAACACUAUACAUUUUAGUUUCUUAAUUUGUCCCCCUAGUUUUUUUUCAAACGCUCGGACAAUGUUCUCUUCACAGCUCAUAAUGCCUCCUAUCACAUUUGCAACGCACUAUUUUCUCUGUUACUUUCUCUAUUUACUUAAUUAUAUUAAAAAAAAAUUUAUA